AAACCGAACCACAUGUUAAAACAUUAACCAAAAAAAAAAAAAAGUGGCACCGUCUUCAACAACUACCUUAAUCUUAGAAAUGAAGAAAAACUCUACUCUUCACUCUGUCUACCCUCAAAAUCAUCAAUUUCUUUUUCUUACAAUUUCACGUCUAUCCAAUCACAUGACUAUCUCUCAACUAAGCAAAUGUUAUCCUGGAUUUAUUAUUACAACUCGGUGGCUCAGUACAGAGACCGAGUCGAUUAAGUCCGAAUUUACCGGACCUAACGCUUACGAGGUACUAGGUGUAUCAGAAAGAAGCACCUUUGCUGAAAUUAAAUACUCUUUUCGUAAAUUGGCUAAGGAAACUCACCCUGACCUUGCUCAUUCCACACAAACUUCUAAGCGAUUUGUUGAAAUACUUGCUGCUUAUGAGGUAUUUACUUGGAUGAUCAAUGGAAUGCAGAUUCUAUCCGAUUCUGAGAAGAGAGCACAUUAUGACCAGUAUCUCUCAUUUCGAAAAGCAAUUGUUGAUAUGCAUUCUAGACAAGGUUCUAAAAUGUGCAUAUAUGAAUCAUAUAGCACGUCAAUCAAGGAGAUGGAAGUUGUUGAAUGGUUAAAGUGGUAUAGACAAACAGUAAACGACAUAUUGGCUGAAAAAAGGGUAGUAUCUGGAUCAGGCUAUUUUGAUGCACUGGAAAGAGAUUUCUACUCAGCAUUACAUUUAGCGUUCUAUGGCCCUGAGAUUGAGUCAGAUCUCCUUCCUGAAUUUUUUGAAGCCGAGGAGCGAUCAGUAUACGAAACGGCUGAGGUUCUGCACCUGGUUUUUGGGCGAGAUCUUUUUGGGAUGGUCUGUUUAGCCAAAAAUAUUCCUGAACUGUCAAAUGCUUCUAUGGAGAGACUGACAUCCUUAGAAUCAGAGUUGUGUCAUUCCCUUGAGAAUAUCCCUAUGAAAAUGCAUUCGGAGACAGCUGCUUCUGGUUCCGAUCAAAACCAAUUGAGAAGUUCCAAUUACCAUACAUCAGAUGCAUACAGAGACUUAGAAUUGCAUGUUGGAGGGAGACUUAUUGCUGUGGCAACAAGAGUUCCACCUAGGAGUAGAUCUAAUGGGAUACAAAAUGAAGGAUUUGAUGACUGCAUUCAUGUUUACCUCAAGUCACAUGAAGUCCAAAGAAUUCCCAAACAUAACUUAAUGGACUUUGGAUUGAAGUCUGCCAUUCCACUGGGAACGAUAACAGGGUUGGGAACCAGUCCUGAUGAAGGUUCUUGCGAUGUUUACGACAACAAUGGUGUAAACACCCAUGUGAUUAUGAAGCAUCGAACAUUGCUGGUAAGACACAUGCACUGGUAUCAAUUAGGAGAUGAAGUAUCAACCUGUGAGUGCAGAUGCAGCAGAGCGAAGCUACCUCCAAGCAAAUUUUGGCUAUUUGAACCUCGAUGUGGCAUGCAUGACAUUGGAGGUUGGUAUGUGGAGACAUUUGGCAGAGAUAAGAAAGGCCGAAAUGUGCCAUCUCAGAGGUAUUGGGAUGGCUUAGAGGCAAAUGAUCACUUUGAGAAGCUUGAAAGCAGUAACGUGGGUUUGAUGUGCAGAUAUAUUCUUCAAUGUGCAGGAGACUACAUCCAGCAAUGUACUUGCUUGCUCUUGCCUACAGGACUCUAGAUAUUGAACAUUCAAGGAGAAAUAAACAGAGAAUGAAGGAUCUUAUGGAGUCAAACGUAUCUAGAGUUCUCAGCUGGUGCAAGAGACUAGUACGCUGAAGACAUUUAGCUUUAUGAUCAUAUCCCUGCUCAGCUCCGAAUCUAUUAGGCAACUGUAUCAUUUUUGAGAAAGGUAACAAAAUUAUACUCAUCAGCACAAAGGCAGUGCUGAAAGCUAUAUUUACAAUUCCCAGAAAGAGCUGAUGAAACAGAUGAUUUGCACUUUCUAAAGAAUCCUCAUAUAAGCUAGGUCAUUGAUUUGGAUGGCUCGUGGAUUGAUGAGUCAAACACCAUGAUCCGUGCACACAAAAGAUUUUUCUCAUGUGCUCCCAUUGAAUUCACAAUCAUCGUGAAGCGGCGUAGAAGUGCUCUUUCAACUGCCAAUGAGAUUGCUGUGCUGCUGCAUUUCCUGGUCUCUCAUUUUUGGUGCCACGACCUAAUGUGAUAGUAUGCAAGGUGACUCCAGCUAGCACACUAAGGAAUUGGACCUCAGUGUUCCAUUACAAUCUAGUUUGGUUACUGAAUGGAGUAGAUUGAAUUGGUGAAGCACCAUCAAGAAUGAUCUGUGUUAAUAUGAAGAAUUGCAUGUUUACUGCCUUUUGCAUGGUCUUCGGUGACACUACAUAAUACUAAACUAUGCUGAUCCUUAUAUCUUGAAAGCCAUAUUUGGGUCAUAACAUUGUUGAAACCGAGUAAUGCCUCAAGCCAAGGGAGUGAAGCUGGAGAUUUCAUGGAGAAGCAUGGUGUUAGCACAUAUGUUAGCUAUUGCUGUUCUCAGGUGAUGGCUUGCAUUAAAGGGAGGGUGAUGAUCAGAUGAUUGAGUUGCACUAGCUGUAACUAGUUUACUUAUUAUGAUUCUUGUACUUUUGUUCUUGGCAUACAGGUUUUCUGAUAUAUAGAACAUCAAAUAGUUCUCUGUGAAAAAUAAAACAGUUCGGGGUUAGUAUAUUUGAGUUCAAUUACACAAAUCUUGUAAG